UUAAGUCGUAACUGCAUAAAAGGAGAAGGCACGAAGAUCUUCUCAGUUCAUCCAAGAGAGAGAUAAUGGCAACACUUGGUGGCAAUCGUAAUGUCGCAGGAAGCCAGAACAGCGUUGAGAUCGAUAGUUUAGCUCGAUUUGCUGUUGGAGAACACAACAAAAAACAGAACGCCCUUCUGGAGUUUGGAAGGGUGGUAAGUGCACAACAGCAAGUAGUUUCUGGUACCUUGUACACCAUCACUUUGGAGGCAAAAGAUGGUGGGCAAAAGAAGGUUUAUGAAGCCAAAGUCUGGGAGAAGCCAUGGUUGAACUUCAAGGAGCUGCAAGAGUUCAAACUUGUUGGAGAUGCACCUGCAUAGUGUGCUUAGCUGGUUACGGAAGAGCUAAGAAAGAAACCUAGCGUUGUUCGAAGGUGAAAGCCUAAGGAUAAGAGCAUCCAAUCCUAUAUCCUAUAUGUAAAAAAUAAAUGUAGCUUUCUUAUCUUCUUAUGGAUAUUUGAUGCUCUAAAUUAGCAUCCUAUUAUAUAAAGUUUAAUUGCUAGAAAUA